AUGGCACCCACUACAAGGAAAGGAGCAUCUCUGCGGCAGCUGCAGAUGCAGUUGGAGGACGUAACGCUUUCCUUUGACGACAUUGCAUCUUUCAUCCAGAAAUUCAAUGACCAGACUACAGCUUCACAAGUUGAAGUUCGUUUGGAGAAAAUUGAUACGUUAUGGGAGAAAUUCAGUGACGCUUUAGUGGAACUGAAAUCGCAUGAAGAUUUUGAAGACGAGGAGAAGUGUUUCGAGAAACUGCGGGUGAAAAUAAGCGAACGGUACUAUGAAGGGAAGUCUUUUUUGAAGGAUAAGGUUAAGGAACUGCAUGAGCCGUCCGAUUUGGAACAAUCCGUUCGUGAACCGUCUAUGCUGGGUGUUCUCGAUCACGUUCGUUUGCCGCAGAUCAAGCUGCAAACGUUCAGCGGGGAAAUCGAUGAAUGGUUGAGCUUCAGGGAUUUGUUCACCUCAUUGAUUCACUGGAGAACCGAUUUGCCAGAGGUGGAGAAAUUCCAUUACUUGAAAGGAUGUCUUCAAGGUGAACCGAAAAGUAUGGUCGAUUCGUUGAAGAUUACCAAGGCUAAUUAUCAGAUCGCUUGGGACACCUUGUGUAAGCGAUACAACAACAACAAGUUGCUGAAGAAGAAGCAAGUUCAAGCUUUGUUCAAGCUUCCGACCCUCUCCAAGGAAUCCAUAUCCGAGUUGCGAACUCUAGUGGAAGGUUUCGAUCGGAUCGUCCAAACGCUCGAUCAAAUCGUGGAUCCGGCGGACUAUAAGAACUUGUUGCUAGUGAAUCUACUAACUAUGCGUCUGGAUCCAUACACCCGCCGCGCAUGGGAAGAAUGUGCGGCUACUAAGGAACAAGAUUCACUAGAGGACCUAACCGAAUUCCUUCGGAAACGAAUUCAAGUUCUAGAAUCGCUUCCGCCAAGGUCGACGGACCCCAGGUCCCAUCCUCCAUUACCUUCAUCCAAACCUAAGUUACCGACGGUGAAAACGAGCUACAACUCGGUUCAACCGAACCCAGGAAGAUGUAUGGCUUGCAAGGAUAGCCAUCUUCUAUACCAAUGUUCCGCAUUCCUACAAUUAUCCGUGGCGGACAGGGACUCGUUGCUGAAAUCCAAAGGACUUUGCAGAAACUGCUUCCGAUCUGGGCACCAGGCGAAGGAUUGCCUAUCAAAGUUCUCCUGUCGGAUCUGCAAGAAGCGACACCAUACUCUGAUAUGCUUCAGAGCGGAGAAGGACAAUAACGUCACGACGGCGGUUGCUGGGGGCAACCAACCAACGAAUUCCCAGGUUUCACAUGGAUCCACAAGCUCCAAUCCUACACAAGUGGCCAACGUGGCGGCUACAGACGUUUCGGCAUGUAACGUUGCUCAGGUAUCAUCAAGAAUCCUGCUUGCAACAGCGGUAGUUGUUGUCGAGGAUGAUAUUGGUGUUAGGUUCAACGCUCGAGCUCUUUUGGACUCCGGGUCAGAAAGCAAUUUCGUGUCGGAACGACUAUCCCAGCGGAUGAAGGUCUCCAGGAAUAAGGUCGACGUUUCGGUCCUCGGCAUAGGACAGGGAGUCGCCAAGGUUAAACACUCAAUUCAAAUGGUUCUGCGCUCGCGGGUUUCGGACUUCUCGCGAGAAAUGACAUUCCUGGUAUUACCCAAGGUGACCACAAACCUUCCCACGGCUUCCAUCAAGACGAAAGGGUGGAAUCUACCAGACGGAAUCCAGCUGGCGGACCCAGCAUUCUUCCAAUCCAAAGAAGUCGAUCUGGUGCUCGGUAUCGAAGCUUUUUUCGAGUUCUUCGAAACUGGGCGGAGGCUUUCUAUCGGAAACCAUCUACCAACCCUCACGGAAUCGGUAUUCGGAUGGGUAGUCUGUGGUGGCUACUCUUCUCCCAACAAAUCCCAACAGGUCAACUGCCAUUUCUCAGCAACCACGGAGCUAGAAAAGUUGAUGGAACGUUUCUGGUCCUGCGAAGAGGAGGAAUUCCAAAAUUCCUAUUCACCGGAGGAGAAAUUGUGCGAAGAUAUGUUUCAACGAGGAGUCCAACGAGGUUCAGACGGUCGAUACACAGUUCCCUUACCCAAAAAUGCAGACAUCCUUCCAAAUCUGGGCGAAUCACGGGAAAUCGCCUACCGGCGUCUGCUAGGAACGGAACGAAGAUUAGCUAGGGACGAGAAUUUGCGAAAGCAGUACGUCGCGUUCAUGGAAGAGUACCUAACGUUGGGACAUAUGCGGAAGGUCGACGGUACCGAUGAGGAAUCCUGUAAACGGUGUUUCCUACCUCAUCAUCCGGUGGUCAAGGAAGCCAGUACCACCACUAAGGUCAGAGUUGUCUUUGACGCUUCCUGCAAGACAUCAUCCGGAGUGUCCUUGAAUGAUGCGCUUCUGGUAGGGCCGGUAGUGCAGGAAGAUUUGAGGUCCAUAAUCCUGCGGAGUCGGACGAAACGGAUUCUCCUCGUAUCGGACGUCGAGAAAAUGUUCCGACAGAUACUCAUUACACCAGAGGACAGGCCAUUGCAGUCGAUACUCUACCGGUUUUCACCUGAUAAGGAAGUUACGGUGUUUGAGAUGAAUACAGUAACGUAUGGAACGAAACCCGCACCCUUUUUGGCAACCAGGACUCUAAAACAGUUGGCAACUGACGAAGAAUCCAAUUUUCCGCUCGCAGCAAGAGCAAUUCGUGAAGACGUCUACAUGGACGACGUCAUCACCGGAACGGACGACGUUGGUACCGCCAUUUGUCUGAGAAAUCAACUGACGGAAAUGAUGGAGUCAGGAGGUUUCAAGUUAAGGAAGUGGUGCUGCAAUAUUCCUGCAGUUUUGGAAGGAGUUCCCACGGAGAAUCUAGCAAUCCAGGAUACCAACGGAGUUGAAUUAGAUUCCGACCAAGCUGUUAAAACUUUGGGACUGACUUGGAUGCCCAUUACUGAUACACUCCGAUUUCAAUUUCAAUUUCCUCCGCUGGAAUUGGACGUCCCACUCACCAAACGGCGAAUCCUGUCGUUGAUAGCCACCCUUUUCGAUCCUCUUGGUCUUAUCGGUGUCACGACGGUAUCUGCCAAGAUCUUUAUGCAACAACUUUGGACGCUGCAAGACGCAAACGGCAAAGGUUUGGACUGGGACCAACCAGUACCUCCAACGGUGGGUGAGGCUUGGCAACGGUUCUUGCAAGCCCUACGUCGAUUUAUCGCACGUCGUGGAAGACCUUGCGAUAUGUAUUCCGAUAACGGUACAAAUUUUGUUGGUGCCCGGAAAAAAUUGAUAGAGCUAAUCCAUUUGCUGAAGAACCGUGUACACCAUGACCGAAUCGCUACUGAACUCACAAACAAUGGAAUCCAAUGGCACUUUAACCCCCCAAGUGCACCACAUUUUGGAGGACUCUGGGAGGCAGCAGUCCGGUCAGCUAAAACCCAUUUGCUUAAGGUAAUCGGAGAAAGCAUCACUUCAUCGGAAGACUUUUCCACAUUGCUGGUGCAAGUCGAAGCCUGCCUCAACUCCCGUCCAUUGGUUCCGAUGUCAGAUGACCCCGAUGAUCUGGAACCACUAACUCCGGCACAUUUCCUUGUGGGUUCGUCGCUUCAGGCUCUCCCUGAUUCUGAACUGCUGAAUAUCCCAUCAAACCGUUUGAACCAAUUUCAACUGAUUCAACCGAGAAUUCAGCAUUUUUGGACUCGUUGGCGACGAGAGUAUUUGAACCAGUUGCAAGCUAGAACCAAGCGAUGGAAACCAGCAGUUCCCGUAGAACCAGGUAAACUGGUCGUCGUCAAGGACGAGAACGUUCCUCCAAUUCGCUGGAAAAUGGGUAGGAUCGUAGCAGUACACCCUGGUGAAGAUGACGUAGUCCGGGUUGUUACCGUGAAGACCGCCACUGGUGAAUUUAAGCGUCCAGUGGAGAAGAUUUGUAUUCUACCGAUUCCGAUAGAUGAUAAAGAAGAUAAUGCACCAUAG